GCUGACCCGCAGCUCUGCUGCUUCCCCGACAGACGACGUAGAGAGGGACAGAAGGAGGAGAAGAAGCAGCGAGCAGAAACCCACCCUGAACGUGUUUUAAAUAAGCCUUUAAAACUAACACAACUUCACACCCUUUACGAUCACUACCGGAGACUUUACGCGCUGUUUUUUUGGAAACGUCCACGCGUCAGGCUGUGCGCGUAACGGAGAGCCCACCUGUCCGACCGACGAAGGUAGAUUUCACUCCGGUUCUUCGAGGAUGUGAAUCUCCUGAUUUGUGUGAAGUAACGGAGCUGUCUGACGGGUAACUCUGGGUCAGAGCUGGCUCUGCUAGAAACAUGUGCAGCUCUCUGAUGAGCACAGAGGCUGUAGAGGACUAAGGCUUUCCAGGGGGAGAAAAACACAACUUUUUCCACUCUUCCACACCGAGAGGAUGGAUGGAGAACAUUUUGCGCUGUCAGGAGUUGAGAGGGAAAGAGAGAAGCUUCCACCAAUUUACAACAGCUCCCCUCCUGCUGGUUUUGGACGAGGAGCGAAGCAGCCGUUUCCAUCUUUUGGCACUUUCAUCUCCACACUGAGCCAGCGACGGGACACAGUGGGGCGGGGCCUGACUGGGAGCAUGACGGGAACUCUGACCAGCACCCAGUGGCUCAGACAUGGGAGAGAGCUGCCUCCGAUCUGCAGCGAUGUUCGUCAAAAGCAUCGGAUCUCCAUUGACACUCUGCCCCCAGAGGUUAAAGCUCCGUUCCCCUGUGACCCCAUCAUCCCCUUACGCACCAAGACCACCAAGGAGUUUCAAGAGGACAUGGAGCAUGCCGUCCAAUCAGGUGACUGGAGGGAGGUCCGAGAGUUUUACCUGACCACCUUCGACUCCUUUAUAGAAAUCAACGCUGCCUUCAAGCGAGAGGCGAAUGGAUCAUUUAACACCAUAGACGACUCAGGAGUCAACACCAAGUUUGUCAACGCUGUUUACGACGCACUGCUUAGCACACCUCAGGACAUCCAGAAGUCAGUGUUGAAAGGGAUCAUCAACAGCCUGCUGAGAGAGUGGAAAGGGCCUCGGACGAAAGACGACUUACGAGCUUAUUUCAUACUUGUACAGAACCCCCAGUACUCAAGCACCAGCACCUAUGUGAUCUACGCCCACCUACUGAGGCAGAUUGCUGCUCUGUCAGAGGCAGACCAUCACUUCCUGGUUCACUGGCUCAAAAAGCUGUCAGCAAGGCGUUUCAGGCAGCUUGUAGAGCGCCUCCUUCAGUUCAUCUCCACCCGUCUGUUCCCUGCAGAGCCAGAUGAACUUCCUCCUCUGGCUAAGUGCUCGUGGUGGGUCCCCUCUGCCACCAAAGUGCUCAGCUUGUUCAACGCAGCCAACAGUGUCUCCUCUCCUCCCAUCAUGCCUUUCACUGACUUCUACAACAUCACUUUGGAACACAUAGACUUCAUGGAGGAGUACAGGACAUGGCAGAACUACGGCAACUCCAAUAGAUUUUCCUUCUGUCAGUUUCCCUUUAUCCUUUCGACUGUGGUGAAGAAAGCCAUAAUCCAGAAAGACUCUGAGCAACAGAUGAUCAGCCAGGCCAGGCAAAGCCUGGUCAGUAAGGUUUCUCGCAGGCAGAGAGUGGACAUGAACCUUUUGUUCCUCAACAUUAAAGUACGACGAGCACAGCUCCUCAGCGACUCACUGGAUGAGUUGAUGAGAAAGCGGUGCGACCUGAAGAAGAAGCUCCGUGUGACGUUUGUCGGGGAGGCGGGGCUUGACAUGGGUGGUCUGACGAAGGAGUGGUUCCUGCUGCUGGUCCGACAGAUCUUCCACACAGACUACGGAAUGUUUACCUACAUGAAGGACUCACGCUGCCAUUGGUUCAGCAGUUGGAAGUGUGACAACUAUUCAGAGUUCCAGUUGGUUGGGACUCUGAUGGGCUUAGCAGUUUACAACAGCAUUGCUCUGGACAUUCACUUCCCCCUCUACUGUUACAGGAAGCUCCUCACUCCACCCACCGCACCAUGUGACCAAAAUGCCCUUGUUGGCAUGGCAACCGCUACGCUGGAGGACCUGCAGCAGAUCAUGCCAGAGCUGGCUCAUGGUUUGGGAGAGCUGCUGAGCUAUGAGGGAAACGUAGAGGAAGACUUCUACCUCACAUUCCAGGUGUUUCAGGAGGAAAUGGGCAUCACCAAAUCCUACAAUCUGAAACCUGGAGGAGAUAAAAUCCCUGUCACCAAGCAGAACAGGAAGGAGUACGUCCAGCUCUACGUCGACUUUCUGCUGAAUAAAUCCAUUUACAAACAAUUUGCUGCCUUCUACCACGGCUUUCACAGUGUGUGUGCCUCUGAUGCUCUCAUGUUGCUGCGGCCAGAGGAGGUGGAGAUGUUGGUGUGUGGGAGUCCUGAGCUGGACAUGAGUGCUCUGCAGAAAGCUGCUCAGUAUGAAGGAUACAGCAAGACUGACACCACUGUAAGGUGUUUCUGGGACGUGGUGUUGGCGUUCCCUCUGGAGCUGCAGAAGAAGCUCCUCCAUUUCGCCACAGGAAGUGACCGUGUCCCUGUCGGAGGAAUGGCUGACCUUAACUUCAAAAUCUCCAAAAUAGAUGUUCCAACUGACUGGUUGCCGAUCUCUCACACAUGUUUUAAUCAGAUCUGUCUGCCUCCAUAUCGAACGAGGAAGGAGCUCAAACACAAACUCACCAUCGCCAUCUCCAACGCUGAGGGCUUUGGCCUGGAGUGACCAGCUCCCACACACAUAGACUCAGACAAACAUGGACUAUUGGUGACACUACCUACCACAAUUACAGUGCACCUUAUUUAUCUCUGUGGUCAUGGAUCAGACUGCAAAGGGACCAAGUUUGUCAAAUUGUGCUUUCUGAAGUUGGGCAAUGAUGGACUCUAAGGCAAGUUUAUGUUGGACUUGUUGGAUGUAGAACUAUUGGAUGUAAGAUGGAAAGAAUGGACACUCCCUCGGUCAAAACAACUAUACACUCUAACACUAGAAAUCCUUGACUUUGCACAUUAAAAUUUUUCCGAAAAACUAUGGGUAUAAAUUUAAGCGUUGUAUACCAGUAGAUGUCUCAUGAAAUAGAUAUGUUUGAAACACUACAUCAUAAUUACUGUGUGGUAAAGAAAUUUUCAAUAUUUCUGGUCAUAAUUGAUUGAAAACAUAUCUGUUAUUGUUUUGUUGUGUCGACAAAUGUUGUGUAGCCAAAUAGAAAACUCAGAAUGUACUGAGCUACAUUUUCUCAGGUAUUUCUUCUUAAUUAGUGUACCUAUUUAUUUAAACAGAGUACCAGAUAUUUGCCCAAAACAGACAGUUCUAAGUAUUUAGGCCAUAAACCCCGCCUCCUUAAUGUUAACAGAUGGGACAUUGGACAAACUUGAAAGUUCUAAUACACAUCAAAUAAAUACCAUCUACCCCAGAGUGUGUCCUCUUAGCUAGUUAUCAUAAUUUAUGUCCCUGUGUGGUACCCUGCAGCAUUCUCAUCUAGAUUAGUAGAGGACUGUCUAUAAACAUGGGUGUCUCCAGACUGACAUGUCAGAAUCUGUUCUGCUGUUCAUCUGUGCUUUGGUUUGCAGGAGGGAUGUGGCACUUUGCUAGCUUCACAAGUUAAAACCUUUCUUCCUCUGACCUCGCUCCCAUUUUUGUACUAGCUAGGUAUUCUAGCUGCACUUUAUAGAUGGCAAAGCACGAUCCAUUUGUAAAGACAGCCAAUGGUCCAAAAUGGCAUUAACUCUUGUGACUAUAAUGAUUUGUGACUGGAAGCCUUUAUGUCGAAAUCCACCCAAUUAAAAUCUAAAUGCAAAUCCUUUUUUAGAGUUUCAGGCCUCCAAAACCAAAACUGUCUCUCUCCCACUCUUGAUUUUGAAUAUCUAAAAUCACCAUCUACACUCAUGUGAGUAAGUUUUUGGCAUGUAGGUCGCUAGUGAUUCAUCGUGGGGCCUGAAGUCCACUGGCAGUUUUCAGGGCCCUAGGGACUUCCACAGUACAACCAGUGGCAGCCGCACUACCCAACUGGACCUUAACAUAGGCCAUGCUCACUCACUACAUCUACCCCUUACUCCACGCUAAAAGAGUGGACUUAGUUAUUUCUUUCAAAAAAUAAUUUCCCCAUGUCACUGGUCAUAUGCAAGGACAUGUAGAGCAUGACCUGGAUUGUGUCAGUCCUUCCUGCCUGAAGGUGCCCUCAGGUGGCUUACUUACCAUAUCUCUGCCUUACUUCAACCUCAAUAUUUGCCCCAGACAUACAUAAAAGUUCUUUACAGUACUGUAUGUCUUAUUGUGUAUGUAAAAAAUAUGUUUUCUCAAACAAUGGCAUACUUUAAACCAGUGGUUCUCAGCUGGUCUAGCCCUGGGGGGUGGGGGCUGAAAAACCCCUGUUCCUUGUAAAAAUUUUCAUCCAUUUAGAGGAAAAGUCCCAGAGAAGAGUAAAAAACAGUUUGAGGAAAUGCCCAAGAAAACUCCCCCAAAAAUUAAUAAAAACUCUUUAACCUUUUUAGCAAAAUUACUUUGAGUUCCCUUAGAAAAUCAUGGAAAAAAAUCUCCCAUGAGUUUGGAAGCUAAGAAUUCAUGGAUAAUUUAGGGAAAAACAUGCAAAGCAAUUUUAUUUGUUCUCUGCUGUCAAAAACUUAAAUAAUGGAACAAAAGCACUCAGAGGACUCUUAAACAACUUUGCGACCCACUGAAAACCCACCAGUUGAGAACCACUACUUUUAACCAAUAGUUCCAGAAUGGUGUGCCGAGGCACACUGCUCACAUUGAGGCAAGUCUGGGUGUGAUAUGGGAAAUAGUACAAGCAUUUGUUAUUUAACUACAACUAUACACCAACUAAAGAUACUGAACAUGUGUUAAAGUUUUGCGUGGACGUGGAUAUGGUUUACCUUAAAAUUGAGUUGAUUUUAGUGUGACAUAGGCAAAAAGGUUUGAAAACCACUGUUACACCAAGGGUGAUGAUGGGCGUUUUUAGUCCAGAAGACAACAUUAGAUAGGAUCUUAUUUUCUUUUUAAUAGCUUGUUUUAAGUAUUAAGAUUACUAUAAAUUAUUAUUAGCAAUUAUCCCUGAGUGAAGUGUUAUCUAUAGGCCAUCAUUUGGUCCCUUUUAGUGCAUAUUUGUUGGUUUGGGGAAUAUUAACCACCAGUGACAGAAAGAGCUGAAGAAAGCAGCCCGUAGGUAUAAUGGAUGUAGAGAAUUAGAGCAUGUGUCUGUAUGUGGUGAGGUUUAAGUAGCAGAAAGUAGAAGGAGCACAUUUAAAACAUGAAUACGGCAGAUCACAAAACACAGCUUUUGUCUAUUUAUUUGUAGACAGCAACCUAAUAACCAUGACAUUAUGGUUUAGUCACAGGGCAGGGUGUCCCCUCUUCUGAUCAGACGUUGGCUGCAGUGUUGAGAGGUUGAGUUUUUCAGUAAAUCUUUGGAGAAAGGAGUUUUUUGAAUUAAAUUACUGAUAUUAUCCCAGCGAUAAAAGUGUUCAAACUUGAACAGCUUCUGCAGAUAUGAUCUGACUUUUGCAGAGCAUCUUUCUUGAACUAUUUUCACAACUUUGGAGAAGAAAGUAUUUCUUACUUUCUUUAAUAGCAAAAACACCCUGAAAUUUUAAGUAUGUACACAGUUAAAAUAAGGAGACAAUAUAACAGAGUGGGAAGUUUUUCUACCACAGCAAGAAGAUAUAACACAACAUGAAGGUAAAGAAAUAGAGCAGUGUCAGUAAUACAGGAACUUUCCUGAGCUGUAUAAAUUUAAUAUUCCUGUUUUGUUUUGAUUCCAACUUCAAUGCUUUUGUGAUGUUUAAAUAUAUUUUUAUGAAGCAUAGGAAAUUGUGUUUUCUAACGUAUUGCUUUGUUUGCAGCACACUGUUGGGAUGUAAAGCUUUGCUGGGAGAAGAUUGCUUUUGUGUAUCAUGAGAUAUUGUUUGUCUUGUAAAGUGUUUUUUGACAUUGCUGCCUGUUUUUUUUUUUUUUUAACAAAAGGCUGCA